AUGCCAAUGAGCAGAAUAAUGUCAAAGAGGUUCUAUGCCCCUCUACCGCAACCAUUUGACCCCUGUUUGUACUGUGUUGCCUGCGGGGCAGAAUUCCCAAUGCACGAUCCACGUGAUAUAUAUGAUGAGCGGGAGGACUGGACACGCUUGAGGAAGAAACGAAAGAAUAGGGUUGCAUAUGUUAGUGACCAAGAAUUGGAGCAAACAGACUUCAAAAGGCACCCGGAACUGUGGUCAUUCUUCUACCGCACUAUUCUUGAUGACCCCCAAAGCGGGUCUUUGCGUCUCUCAGGAAUAUCGGAUCACAGAUCUUGGGGGUGGUAUCCCCUUCCAGCGCCCUUGGACAUCCACAAAGCUCGAAUUGGCGGCAUACCCAACCCUGACGGUCGGCAUAAUGUUGAUUUUCACAUGGUGAACAUGCUGAAUGCUGACUGGAACCGCGAGAAAGGCCAGCUAAUUGGAUAUCCAAUUCAUGUUCCCUGCUGGCUUUUGCUUGACCGGGUUAUUGGGCAUGAGAUCAUUCGAGACAAUCUUCGCCCUUUUAUUCAAGCAGUGGAAGGGUUUUGGAAGGAUAAUAGUAAGCUUUGGGAGGUAUUACUCACUCAUUCCCAGGAGGAAGAUGAGUGUUAUGAAAAGGGACAGCACUGGCUCAAGGACCCCCCGAAGAUAAAAAAAAAGCCAAAUCAGCGUCAACGGUCAUUUCCAAUAAAACAAGUCACUCCAAAACCCUGGCACGAGCCUGGAAGUCCGUACAGGAUUCCUGCAAUUCAAGAUUUGAUUGACAAGGCGUGUCAGGUUAAAGACGGUCACCGCCACCCAAUCAUUCAUAAUCACAUGGUAUCGAUGAUGCCUAUUGAGAUUGCGGUUAUGAUUAUAGACAUGAUUUACCGAGGUCAAAAACACAGUCAAGCGAGGAUCAAUGAUACAUGGAAUGCUCUUUAUGCCUUUCAAUGGACACUGCCUGAUACAUAUUGGCAAUCACGGUGCAAUCCAGAGUUGGUCUUUGAGAUCGACGAUCUGGCCCAAUCGGGAAAAGCAGUGGAUUGGCCCUACUUGUGCCUCGGGUUAGAGGAAUUACUAUUGGACGAGGACUGGUAUUGCAAUAGUGGGUUGAACAAUCGGGGUCGUACUAUGAGCAUCAUGAGUGGAAUUAGAAAGAGGUUUCUAGUUUUGCUUGACGCCUGA